UCGCUUAGUUUUCAGUGUACGCGCAUCGACGCUACUCAAGUGACCUCCGCGUCUUUGAUAAUCUUGUGAUAGUGUUGUGUUACUAUAGUUUUAUGAUACGGGUACAACAACGGCUACCACGUUAGCCGAUCACUCAAGGUACCUAUAUCAAAAGACAUCGUAUAAUGAGUACAAGUGUUGAAGUGUUUUGAUCAUCAGCCGGUUCAGUGUAAUGUGAUGAAAAGUGUUACACCGUUGCGUGGAAAUGAAAAGGGAAAAGUACAGGAAGAGGAUUUAUGCAUUUCGGCUGGGUGAGCUAUGAAGGGGUGGUUCGACGGUUUCCGCGAGGAAGGCGGCCCGACCCUGUACGCUUAUCACAACCGCACCGCCGUCGCCGCCGACGUGCCCGCGGUCGCCCUGCUUGUAGCCGCCCUUACGUUAUACCUCGCGUUCCUUACUAUAUUCCCUGGUAUACGGAAGGAGCGAUUUUCCACGUUCACCAUCGUUACACUUAGCCUCUUCGUUGGUACUGUGAUUUUAGUAUGUAAGCACGGAUCCUCGUGGCACGUGGCAGGGGCGCGUGUAGCCCGCGCCGCUUACCGCGCCUUCUCAGCUGAGCGACUAGACUGCUGGCUCGCCGUCCACGUCGGCUUGGGACACGUCAAUGUCACUCUUAACGCGUUAUCAUGGGGCAACGUCUCGACAGGCGAUCCAGGAAUCGAUUACAACGAACAAUUUCGAUGGGAAGAAGCUGGUGCUAUCCAGGAAUGGUAUCGAGCGGGUUUAUUACGAGGUUUACCAUACCCCGUACUGUCUGUAGCUGAACACUUUGCAGCGGAACACGAGGGAUUCGAGUGGGGUGCUAAGUAUAGAGCAGCUGGUUAUACUACCGCCACGCUUCUUUGGACGGCGUUGGCACUGUGGUUAUUAAUGAACCUCCUGCUGGUGGUGGUACCACGUUAUGGCGCGUACGCAAUGGCCUCUCUGGGAGUAACGCUGUGUGCUGCUGCCGGAGGAUACUGGGCAUCCUUACCACACGCGCCGCUAGUUGUGCGCUUGGAUGGAGCCAUGCUAUUCUUCUCGAUGGGCUGGUGUUUCUGGCUAGUCCUGAUUGCUGGUGCCAUAUGUCUGGUAGUGGGUCUACUUAUAGCAGCGCUGGACUUGGUGUGGCCUCACAGAUUCUCGACCGUGCUUGAAGUAGAUUACGACACUCCUUAUGACAGACACGUCCUCAUAGUGGACAGUAGACAAAGAGCUCGUCCACAAACACAGAGCUCCUUGCCAUCCAGAAUACUGAGGCGAUUAUCUUCUAAGACCCGAGAUCCUGAACGUCAGGUGUCCAUGUCAGUUGUAAAUGAAAGUUCUGGCCGGGACAACCCUGCUUACCAACACGAACAGAGAAAACCUAAUUCGCCGUGGAGGUAUCCACUGUUUAGACGGCAGAUUAAUAGAGUCGACUCCGCCUCGAGUAUGGGAUCAAGCAUAAAUGGUACCAGUUCCGGAAUAAAGAUGUCCCCACUAGUAGGUGGACCCUCAUCCAACGCACUAUCGACGACCGCACAGAGAUACCGUCCACAAAUAACAGCAGCUGAAAGAGUGAAAGACAUGUGGUGACCUCUGUAACAUAUAUGUAUGUAAUUACCUAUUAUAAACGAUCUCUUUGUCAAAGACGGUUCUUGUUAACAGCAAGUACUGAACGGAAAGGCUUAGAAAACUAGUAUUAUAUAAUUAUUUAAAACCUGAUAUAGAUUUAUGGUAUGGUAUUAUAAUUUAGACGUGUAAAUAUGUACCUUUUAUUAUAAGCAAAUUAUUAAAAAAAAAAAACAUUACCGACCAGUGUCAUAAGAUGUAUGGGAUUUUAUACCUCGUUUUGAUUUAAAAUAAUUUAGCAUUAAGUAAACGAAUACAUCGACACAAGUGAAUACUUUGUGCCAUUUGUAAAUAUAUUAUAUAAGUGAACUAAAAUCACAUCUAGAAACCAUAUUACAAUUUGUUUAUAACUUAGAUUACCAGUAACAUCUUUUUGGAACACGCUUGACUUUUUUUAUCUACAGUUCCACAGGCUGUCAAGUUCAAAAAUAUUAAAAAAAAAAAUCGCAUAAAGAAGUCAUUUAGUAUUAAAUUAUAUUUAAGUUAUUUAUUCUGCAUAACAGUAUUUGAAUGUGCAGGCCAAAAUUAAUUAAAACUAAUUGAUUACUAAUUCUUUGAUACCAAAAAUAUCGAAGUUUGUUUCCAAAUGGUUGGAAGUCAUAGAUUUCCAGUACAGAUUAAAAUUAAUUUUAUUUUUUUUACCAAUUCAGGAACCACAAACAUCCUUUUGUUUCAUUGAUUACUUAUUUUAUUUAACCUAUCUUCAUCACAAUUUCAGAUUCACUGUCAAAUUGCGUUUAAGUUACAGUUUUGAUAUAAUUAAUCAUUGUUGUGAAAAUAUGUUUGCAAUAGUGAUUAUCCAUAAAUUUUACCUUGUAAUAGAUACGUUAUAAAAAGUGAUAGUAAGCAAAAAAUAUUUAUUGUGAUAAAAAUAUACCAAUAUAAAAUUAA